AGGAAAGAAGAUGUCGGCAGAAGUCACAUACACGAGGUGGCAAUGAAAGAUGUAAAUGUGAUUGAUGAGUAUUGCAGACAUUGCGACUGCUGUUCAAAGUGUGCGAGUGUGAUAGAGUGCUGCAAUGCUUUAAUGUGUGAUGUGAAGACACGAGACACACUGAAUAAAAGAGACGUGCAACGCAGCCUGUGCUGUCGAGAUUGAGAACAAGUUGUAGGAGAUUUGAUAAUUAUAUGGAUUCUCUGUGUAUAAAGUCUGCUCCUGUGAUGGAACCAGAAUGUAGUGAAGGGCCGUCUCCAACAAGUAUAUUUCAUUAUCAUUCAAAGAGAGCCAUUCCUACAAAAGGACCGGAUGUGCUGUUGCAGUGUCAUGGAAUAACACGGGAAUUGCACAAGCCGUACAUUCGGAAGUCCCACACAUUGUCUGGUCUCUUGCAGCAUGCUGUUAUCUCAGCAACUGCAUGUUACGAAGACAGUCUUCCUGUCAUUUCGUUACCAUUCUCGUACACAAACGUGACACAACAAUCUCUUGCCAGGGCACUCGGUUUGCUGUAUGAAGACCAGUUUACUGUGUCACCUGAAGAGGUGGUCUCUGUAUUGGCAGCUGCGUCACUUCUUUUGUAUCCUGAACUGCAAAAAGAAUGCUGUGAAGUGAUGUUAAGAUGCAUCAAUGUGAGCACAGUCUCAAUGUACUACUUGGCAUCUACCAAGGUUAGUGAAACACUGAAAUGAGAGAUGAUAUCAACUGUAUACAGUAUAUUGGAAUAGUCUUUGUUCCACUUGUUCAUCAUUAUACGUCUCAUAAUAUAUUGUCCACAGAUGACGUUGUAGAGAGCCUUAGCUCUACUUAAUGAAAUGAAAACUAUAACAGCAAUGCAUCUAUACUGAAUGACAAUAAUCAAUAAUGAAUAAUGAUUAUCAAAGAAUUUGUUGUGUGAAAUAGUUAGAAUGCAUCAGUGAAUUGGUACAUUAUAUUGUAGGGAUGCAUCUUUCAAUACAUUAUGUAGCUAUUAUAUUGGGGAGAUGAGUUUCCAAUGCAUUAGGCCAUUGUGUUGCAUCAGUACAUG